AUGAAGACUCACGUGAUAAUUGCUACUACUCUGGUAUUUUCUGCUAUCAUGGAUUCGACAAUGGGAAUGCCUCAGUUUCUGCAGGAGCUUCCAAAUGGAAGCUUGUUCAAGCAGGACCUCGGUCACCCUGGCAAUGACAGCUCCAAGGAGACACCUUUUGCUCAAGCGUUCGAUAACGCCGGGCAGUCGUGGUCGAAGAGUUUGUGCGAAGCCAAAUUUCCUAGGUCAAGCAUGACGAACGGCCAGGCAUUUGGUGAUCCCUGCUGCACAUGGAACAAAGGUGGUAAGCCAGACUUUACGGUCGCUCCGUUCACAACGACUCCAGGCAAGGCUACCACGUGUGCGUCGAAUGGUGCCCCCAGUCCAGCUUCUGGUCCAUCGAACGGUCCUCUUGGCGGAGCCUCAGAUGCUACGAAGGACUGGGCGCCAGUACCGGCUUCUGACGCCACGAAGGGCAACACAGGAGAAUCUGCCUCACCUCCUUCGAGUCGUUGCCAGGGUAAGAUGAGGUCGCGCCAAUAA